AUGGCAGACUUCGUCGGCGCGUGGAGUUCCCUUGGCCUCCGGAUAAAUCUUCAAAACAAGACCAAAGUGACUUCGUUUUGGACCAGAAACUUGUUUUUUCCAUUUGAUUUUAUGAAAGCAAAGAUGAAGAUGUUUUUGAAGUGGGUUUUUUGUGAGUUGUUGCAGAUUGUGAUUACUGCUUUGACUUCAUUAGUGCACAAGAAUUUCACUUUACAUAACCAAGUUAUUGAUUUGCAGGAUCAAGUAUUGAAACUAAAUGUUAGAUUGCGAGCGUGUUAUUUGUUAUCCAAUGUAGAUACUUUUGAUUCAGUAAUGCAGGAGAUUGAUGAUUAUGAUUAUGGUAGUAAUAAUGGGCUAAAGAAAUUGGCUUUGAUUGUUUCACUUAUGCUAUUGUCUAUUCCAGUUCUUGCUUUCAAGUACAUUGAUUUUCCUUUGGCGUUGUUGGUUGCGACAUUGCUGGUUAUUUGUCUUGGUGGUUUGGCAUUGUUUGGUGUGACAGAUGAUAGUUUAGCGGAUUGUCCUUGGUUGUCUUGGACGUUUGUAGUAGAUUUGGGCAAUCAUGCUAAUUCUGAAGGGAUUGGUCCAAGGCCUGUUUCUGUUUCUAUUAGUUUUGGUGGGAUGUUUAUUUUUGCUAUGAUGCUUGGACUUAUGAUUGGUCCAAGGCUUGUUUCUGUUUCUAUUAGCUUUGGUGGGAUGUUUAUUUUUGCUAUGAUGCUUGGACUUGUGUUUGAUGCUAUUUCUGAAAAGUUUGAUUCAUUAAGGAAAGGAAGAAGCGAAGUGGUUGAGCAAAACCAUACUCUAAUUCUUGGCUGGAGUGAUAAACUAGGAUCAUUGCUGAAUCAGCUUGCCAUAACCAAUGAGAGUUUGGGGGGAGGAAUUGUUGUAGUGAUGGCUGAACGAGACAAAGAAGAGAUGGAAAUGGAUAUUGCUAAAAUGGAAUCCGACUUUAAAAGAACAUCUAUCGUAUUCAGAAGCGGGAGCAUUUUAAUUCUGGCUGAUCUGAAAAAGGUAUCUGUCUGUAAGGCCCGUGCAAUAGUUGUCCUUGCUGAUGAUGGAAAUGCUGACCAGAGUGAUGCUCGUGCAUUGAGAACCAUCUUAAGUCUAACAGGAGUGAAAGAAGGGCUGAAAGGGCACAUUGUGGUGGAGCUAAGUGAUCUUAAUAAUGAGGUUCUUGUGAAACUUGUUGGUGGAGAACUUGUUGAAACUGUUGUAGCUCAUGAUGUUAUUGGCUAUUUGAUGAUUCAAUGUGCUUGGCAGCCAGGACUUGCACAGGUUAAUUCUGCACUCUUAAUACUCUAUUCACAUUCUUUAACAUCAGCAUGA